AGAGGGGCUAACAUCGCGCUCAUAACGCUCCCAAAUUUCCAACUGCUCGAAUCGUUGGGCUCCACUCCGGAACCUGAAAAUACAUAAAUCGCCGGGAAACAAAAAUUACAAUGAUAUUUUUGGCGUGAAAAACUAUUUUGAAGUUUUGGAAUUAUAGCGGUUGAAAGCUUGUCCACUUAGUGCGUAUUUUCCGUUUUUCGUUAAGAUAUUUGAAUGGAAGAAAAGUGCAAAAGCUCGUGUUGAGAAUGUUGUCAACCUAAAAAGACAGAGACAGACAGACACAAAAUUCGAUGUGGAAUAUUCGCUGACAAAAUUCGUUCAAAAACCGUACAAAAAAACACUGAUAGUCCACAGAGUUAAAUUCGUCCAAAUUUAAAAGUGUUAUGCAGAGUGUGGUGUGGGUGUUAUUAGCUGCUGCUGCUGUUGCUGCCUCCCCCAAAACGUCGUCUUCCCCUUUCCCCCGAUUUGUGAAUAUCCAUACAAAACAGAUCCUACAAUAACAACAACAAUAGUGUGAAACCACAAUUUGGUCGCCAAACAGUCGUUGCCGUUCUGCCGUGUCGUGUUUCCGUGCCCCCAAAGUUUGCCAUGAUGUUGGACGAUGACAACUCGGAUCUGCUGGUCUGUGCAUCGGAGAUGCAGGAAGACCGUUUAUACUUUGUGGCCUUCAAGAAGAACAUCAAGCCAAAGAACACGAUUAAUACCCACUACUUCAGCAUCGAUGAGGAGUUCAUCUACGAGAACUUCUACAACGACUUCGGUCCCCUGAACAUCUGCAUGCUCUACAGAUACUGCAUGAAGCUGAACACCAAGCUGAACGCCAAGUGCCAUGCCAACAAGAAAAUAGUUCACUACACCUCCAUGAAUCCCGGCAAGCGACUCAAUGCGGCCUACCUGAUUGGUUCGUAUGCAAUUAUCUACCUAAACAAGACGCCCCAGGAGGCGUAUCGACCGCUGGUCGCUGGCGAGAUUCCUGCCUACACGCGCUUUUGUGACGCCAGCUAUGGACCCAGCAACUUUAAGAUUUCCCUGCUGGAUUGUCUAAAUGCUGUGCACAAAGGAUUGCAGGCGGGAUUCUUCAACUUCAACGACUUCGAUGCUGAGGAGUACGAGUAUUUCGAGCGCGUGGAGAAUGGCGACUUCAACUGGAUUGUGCCGCAGAAGUUUAUAGCGUUUUGCGGGCCGCAUCAGAAGAGCAAAACGCUGCCGAAUGGAUAUCCGUGCCAUGCACCCGAACGCUACUUUAGCUACUUCCGGGAUAAUAAUGUCACGACGGUGAUUCGGCUGAACGCCAAGGUCUAUCACGCGUCAUCCUUUGAGAACGCCGGCUUCGAUCACAAGGAUCUGUUCUUCAUCGAUGGCAGCACGCCGAGCGACGCGAUCAUGAAGAAGUUUCUCUCCAUCUGCGAGACGACGAAGGGAGCAAUUGCGGUCCACUGCAAAGCGGGCUUGGGACGCACGGGCAGCCUGAUUGGAGCUUAUAUAAUGAAGCACUACGGGUUCACUGCCCUGGAGUCCAUUGCCUGGUUGAGGCUCUGCCGGCCGGGAUCGGUCAUUGGACAUCAGCAGCAGUGGAUGGAGGACAAACAAAGCUGGCUUUGGUCGGAGGGCGAACGAAUGCGCCGGCGCACCACGCUGCCCAUCCUCAAGCACACGUACGGGAUCAACAGCCUGGAGCUGAAGGCCAAACUGGCAUCGGCUGCCUCCGAUACCGCGGAGCAUAUGGAUCUGCUUUUAACCCGCGUGAAAGGCAUUUCCCAACGCGUGGAUACCAUGCACUUAAACGACCAGGACACCUUGGAUGCUGCUUGUGCGGAUCAGACGGAUGAGGAGUUAUCGGAGCAGCAGCGAUUGGAGCAGGACGAGCGAGCCUUGUACGAGUCCGCCGAAGAUCCCAACUGCAACGUUAGCGAUGACAACGACACGGACACGCUCAGUGCGCCGGCCGAGCAGCCUCUGUCCUCCAGCUAUACAAUAUCCACACGGCGCAGGAAGUCGCCUUCGGCCGCGAACAAGCCAACGGUUAUAGCCACAUCCCUGAGGCGUCUGGUCAAUCCCAAUGCCAAUCGAAGUGGGCUGAGUACCGCUUCCGGGGUGUAUCCUGCUCCCGAGGUGGCCAGCUGCACGGAGAAGAAGUUGCGCAAGCCGAGUGCAAGUGUCUUCGAGGCAGCUCGUCACACCAUCGCUUCCACAGUGAGGAUGACGCAAACGGCGCUGGAGAAGAAGCAGGCGCAGACGCAGGGCGACAAGCUGAACCAGAUCAAGGCUUUAAGGAGGCACCACUCGCGAUCAGUUAAUGUUAAUAGCAACAGCGAACAGGAAUCGAAUCUGCGGCACACAAGAGCUCGAUCGCAGCCCUUCCGGAAUAACAACAACGGAGUGGUUGGCAAUCCAGCGAUGGCUGCUUUGAAGGCCGGACAACCCACUUCCUCGUGUUUGCCAACGAGCACUGCGGCAGCUGCCAUUUUGGCCAAUAAUCUGAACAACAACAGUAUCGGGACUAGCAGCAAUAAUAAUAACAACAACAACAGCAACAGUAAUCUAAGCAACUCCCUGAAUAACUAUAACAACAACAACAACAAUACCACUAACAAUAUUCUGGCCAGUUCGGGGAGCAGUCGCACCCGCAGCUUGGCGAUCUAUAGCAAAAGAUUGGAACUGAAGCACCUGCGAAAGGCGGAACAGCAGCAGCAUCAGCAGGCGGAGCUGGAGCAACCGAUGCUGCCGGCGGAGAAGCAGCUGCUCCGUCCGUAUGCCACCAUAAACGAGAGCAAGAUACCCGUGGUGUCCGGCAGUGGUGGUGCCGGCAGCUCGGCCACCAUUCCGCCCACGCGUGGCAGCGCCGCCCGCACGUCCCAUCACCACAUGACGCUCCGGGGGAGAUCCCGGAUCCGUUACCAGCGUCCCAAUGCCGGCGAACCGGCUCCGGCGGCGGCACAAACGCAACCGUGCACGGUGGCGACGGCUCGGUAUUAUCGGGACGUUUCGGCGAUACCCACAAUGGGUGUCCUGGGUAACAGUGGUGGGUGCUCCUCCUCUUCUGCCGCCGCCUCUCUUAACAUAGCCACACGCUCCGCAUCCGCCACGCUCGAUCUCAACUCCAAUCCGCUGCCGAAAGCAAAGUUAACCAGCCUCAACAAUAAUCAAACUCCCACACCUCCUCCUGCAGACACAAGCCGGCUUAGUGGGCGUGGCAGUGCCGAAUUGCAGGCGAUCAUCGAGCACAGCCUGGUCGCCGGUGCGGCCAAGCGGAACAAGCGAUCGCUCAGCUCGACGCGACUGGACAAGGACAAGAGCGACGAGUACAACACGAAGCUGUUGCGCAAGACGGCGGCCGCAGCGGCAGCAGCGGCCACAGCAGCAUCAUCAUCCGGAGGCAGUGCAGCGACGGCCACCGGCGGCUCCAUCAACCACUCGCCCUCCGCCAGCAGCAGCAGCAUCAACAACAAUUGCAAGUUCAACAGUUGCAGCAGCAGCAACAGCGGCAGCUUCAAGCUCUCGCGCCGCCUCUUCGGGGAAUCGGGAUCCUCGGCCUCGACGUCCGCAUCGAAUUCGGGGAUUCCCACGCCCACGGCACCGCCAUCCACCAGCCAGUGGCACCAGCAUCUGGGGCGCGGCACGAGUCGCGUGUCCAGCGAAAGGGAUCGGGAACGACAGCAGCAGCAGAAUCAGCAUCAGCAUCAGCAAUCCCUGGACCAUCAGCAAUCCAACCUCAAGCUGCGCAAGAAGAUCAGCUACUGAGACGAUCCUGGCCGGUCCUGGCUUCCUUUAGUUAUAUAGACUAUAUUUUGACUAGUAAAUUCACCGUUUCCUCAAUUCACCCACAAUUUCCCUCCGGGAGUGGCAAUGCAAUCAGAUUUGGUGUUUGAUUAGAAGACAUUUUAUUAAUCUUUAGGUACUAUAUCGUUUAUACUCUUACAUUUUUGUAGGCAAAUUUUUGAAAUUGUUAUCAAUGCUAUUAAAUUUGUUGUAUUAAAUGGCUUAAAUUGUGCAAAAACCAAAAUUGUUUGCAUUUUUGUAACAGGCGUAAUUUAAGGUCCAUUUUGGCAUCGUUUUUUACAAGCAAACAUUGUACAGUGACCAAAUUUGAAGAACUACAAAAUGAAAUUGUUACCGUAGUGAUAAGACCCAAACUGUAUUUAAUUUUUGUGUAAUUAUUAUUUUUAUUUAAGAACGUGAAUGAAUGAAACAAAUUGAAGUAAUUGUGGUGCAAAUUGUAUGUAUGUGCAUUAUCUUAAAGAUGAUUUUUGAAAUUUAUUUUUAGUUUUACGAACUUUACAAAUAAAUUAGAAAACAUGUGGUUAAUAAUUAUUUCACAGUUAGAUGUAACAUUUUAUUAGUUUUACGAAAUUUGUGUAAGUCUUAUAUAAAAGAGCAUGUUUUGUAUAAAACAACUUAACUUUUGGUGUAAUUUAUGAAGGCAUAUUUCAACCAGCUAAUAGUAUUUUUUAUUGUACCGGUUACAAUUUUGAUUUUUUAUGAUGUAUUUAUAUUGCCUUUUAUCAAAGGAUAUCACAUAUGUAGGCUUGUUUCUUAAUAUUCAAUUUUUUACACUUUUUAGUCCGGUCAAAGGUUUUCAACGUUUUUUUUAAUGGUAAUUGCAGUUGUGAAAGUUCAAUUGAAAUUUGUAUAAAAUUAAUUGUAUAAAAUAAUCAUUCAACUUUUAAAAUGUUCCAAUUAGUUACUUAAAUACGAUUACAUGUCCCUAACGAUUCAUCAAAUUUAAUUAGCAUUGGUAUCGGAAAACAGCGCUCUGAAUUAAGGGGAACUCCCCUUUUUCAAAAGUCAAAGUGCCAUUUGAUUUCCCUAUUGCAUCUGGCUUCAAUCUUGUUUGCCUUAUCAUUAUUGUACAAAGUUAACAUAGACGUUUAACAGAAUACCUUGAACAAAUUACUUUUUCACGUUAUACACCCUCUACUGUGGGCAAUGGUAUUAGCAGAAUAAGUCGUAAGUUAAAGAGAAAUAUGUGCAUUAUCUGACCUUGUUUAGAAUGUAAAUAAGAGAACGUUUACUUAUUUGUAAGCCGAACUAGUUAAAAAUAAAUGUUAUAUUUAUUGGAAACGGUAUUAACUAGA